AAGAGCACCCAUGCUGGGUUUCGGAAUUCUGACUGUUUACAAGUUCAGUUUCUUUUCUGAAAUCCCUGAAGCUGCAGUAUGCGUCAGAAAGUAUCACCAAUGACCAUCUACAGUUUAAAAAAAAAAUCUCAUCAGGUACCGGAGGAUUUAUAUGUAGGAGUAACCAAUCUCCUAGCUCAUUGAUCUCUCGUAGCCUCAAUUUCUCGUUCAUUGAUCUCUCGUAGUCUCAUUCAGAGACUAUAUUCUUGACGUUAAAAAAAAAACAGAAUCGGGAACAGAAUCUCUCCCUCGCGCACGGGGAGAGGAAACAGAAUCGGAAGCGAAGUUGUGGAGGAAGCGGAGUACAUAAUACUAAUCUCUACUUCUCACCUCCUCUUUUCUUUCUCCCUCCUUGACCUGCUCUGUCUCGUGGCGUGGGCUACGACGACAGCGCGACCGGCGCCGCUUUCGCACGUCUUGGUCGGGACCUUCGCCGGCGACGAGCAUCCACUAGGUUUUUACCCUUCACUUCUUGUAUGUACACCACCCUAUAAGGUGAGAUGCCCUUCCAAUGGAGUGCACCCAUCCAAUCCAAUGGGGGUUGGGGGGCUCUUAUUUUAGCUAGCCCAUCCGAGACACAAUAAUGUGCUGCUGUUCUUCAAUUCAUCCACAAUAUAUCAUCUAACUACAAUUCAAGCAGCCAAUCAACUAUCAUUAUAGUCCAUUCAUCACAUUGGAAUAAGGGCUCAAAAAGUAGUUUAGCCAUGUUGGUUAUGGUCCUGUAUCGAUAAGCUUUUAUACAUAUAAAAAGAAACAUACAAAAAAACAGAGUUGACAUAAAACACUGAAAUUCUUUUAUAUAAGAGAAAACAUCUUUCAAACUAUGUUCUCCUUUACAAAGUAAUAAGGGUACAUCGUACAUGCCCUGACAGACUCUUUUUUUCCUAUCAUGUAACAAAGUUGAAAUACUCAUCUGAGUCGUUACCUUAAGAUUAUCAAUUCCAUGAAAUUAUUUUUUUCUAGUGCUUGAUGUUCUUGUAUGUACUGAACAGUAGGACGGCUCUUCUUUACUGAAAAGAGUUCAGCCACAACCAGAGCAUGAUGAGGAAUUCAGAACAAGGCCUGCAUGGGGGAAUUGUCAAAAGAAGAGAAGUACAAAAAAUUUCACUUAGCAAUCUCCCAAUGGAUAUUUUAGCAAAGAUCUUGUCGCAGUUGCCAAUAAAUGACGCUAUAAGGACAAGUGUAUUGUCAAGAAAAUGGAAAUAUUUUUGGUGCAGCCACACCAAUCUUACUCUUAAUAAAGGUACAAUGAGGAAACCUUAUGUCAAGACCUUGACUCCAUAUCGAUGGCGAUGGCUCAGGGACUACGAAUUUAUUACAAGGGUUGAUGCGGUCCUGCGUCAGCACAGUGGAAUGGGGGUUCAACGUAUGGAAAUUAAGUUUCGGUUGCAUAGUAAGCACGCAGACCAUAUUGAUAGAUGGGUGAACUUUGCAAUUGCAUCAAAAACAAAGGAAUUGGUUGUUGAUUUAUCAGGUCAGGAUAAGGGCUCAUUUUUCACAGAUUUGACACAUAGCAAUUGCAUACGGAUAAUCAAAGAACCACCAUAUAAUUUGCCUCCACAGCUUCUUGGCCUCAAUUAUGGUUCAUACUUGCGGUGUCUCGAGCUUACGACCGUGUCUCUGCAGCUGCCUGCUGAUUUCAAAGGAUUUCUGGACCUCAAGAUUCUUAGCUUAGUAGAUAUGAGCAUUACAGAUGAAGAUGUUCAGCGUAUGCUAUCCAAAUGCAAUCUUCUGGAGUUUUUGGAGAUUUCAUAUUGCGAAAUGGUUACUAGCAUACGAAUGCUUCAUCCAUUGGACCGGCUUAAGCAUUUGGUAGUGGAUAUCUGCCCUAAUCUGCAAGAGAUAGAACUGAAUUGUAGUCCAACAACACUUAAGUACAGUGGCACCAUGGUUCCUUUGAUAUUUGCUUCAACAUCCAGGCUGACAAAUAUUAGUAUUGUAUUCAUCAAUUACCAAUCUGCUAUUUCCUAUAUCAUUACUGGAUUCCCCAGUACUUUGCCAAGGCUCGAGACUCUGACCUUACAUUGUGGAGAACGUGAGAGAACUAUCGUACCAGAAGGGCCUUUCAAAUUUACUUAUCUUCGGAAUUUGAGGUUGGAAUUAGCUCUCUGUGGCCAUGGAAAUAUCAGAAAGACUGAUGCCCUUGAUUAUGCUUAUAUCCUGAAGAUUGCUCCUUUCAUGGAAACACUGGAGUUGUCUGUAAGUUUAUUUCAUUGUGGCUUCGCAAACAGAUUUCGUAAGUUGUGGAAAAAAAAAAAUGCCAAUGACAAUAAAAUUACAAGAAUAGUGAUCUAUUUAUGUUAUCUGUUGGGGCAGUUGGUAAUGCUAAAAAGCGCAUAGUGACAUGCAGUAGUUUAUUUCUUAACUUUUUUAUUGAAUAGAAUAUUUGAUUCUGUCUUUUGCGCAUAUGAGCAUACCUAAAACUUU